CCCUUCGGCGGGACUCAGCGCCUCAGUCCUCUCCGCCGCCGAAGCUCUGAAGAGGGAAGCGAGCCGGAGCAAAGGAAGAGCCCGAAGCCGGCGCCAUGAACACCAUUAAGAACGUGCCGGCGCGGGUCCUGAGUCGCCGAGGCGGCCACAGCCUGGAAGCGGAGCGGGAGCAGUUCGACAAGACCCAGGCUAUGAGCAUCAGCAAAGCUAUCAACACCCUGGAAGCACCAGUGAAAGAGAAGCAUGCCCGCCGAAUUAUUCUAGGAACUCAUCAUGAGAAAGGAGCGUUUACAUUUUGGUCAUACGCAAUCGGUCUCCCCUUACCCAGCAGUGCCAUCCUUAGCUGGAAGUUCUGCCAUGUUCUCCACAAAGUCCUCCGGGAUGGACAUCCGAAUGUUCUUCAGGAUUGUCAGCGGUAUCGAAGUAACAUCCGAGAAACUGGAGACCUCUGGGGUCACCUGCAUGAUCGUUACGGGCAGCUUGUAAAUAUUUAUACCAAACUUUUGCUAACCAAAAUCUCCUUCCAUCUAAAGCACCCUGAAUUCCCUCCAGGCUUAGAAGUGACUGACGAGGUGUUAGAAAAAGCUGCCGGAACAGAUGUGAAUAACAUCUUUCAGCUCACAGUUGAAAUGUUUGACUACAUGGAUUGUGAACUCAAACUCUCAGAGUCAGUUUUCAGGCAGCUUAACACCUCCAUGGCCGUCUCUCAGAUGUCAGCAGUUCAGUGUCGUCUGGCUCCUCUCAUCCAAGUGAUCCUGGACUGCAGCCACCUCUACCAUUACACUGUUAAGCUGAUGUUCAAGCUACAUUCAUGUUUGCCUGCUGACACGCUGCAAGGCCACCGAGACCGGUUCCAUGAACAGUUCCGCAGCCUUAAAAACUUUUUCAAAAGAGCCUCAGACAUGCUGUAUUUCAAGCGGCUUAUCCAGAUCCCAAGACUGCCUGAGAGCCCUCCCAACUUUCUGCGGGCAUCAGCUCUGGCAGAGCAUGUGAAGCCUGUAGUGGUGAUCCCAGAGGAAGCUCCUGAAGAUGAAGAACCAGAGAACUUGAUUGAGAUCAGCACAGCACCUACUAUGGAGCAGCAGAAUGUGUCUGAUAUAUUUGAGCAGACUUUUGGCCCUCCCAAUGGUAUGAGAGAUGAUAGGGAUCUCCAAAUUGAAAAUCUGAAGAAAGAGAUUGAUCUGCUUCGAGGAGAGCUAGAAAAGAUUAAGCUAGAGGCUCAAAGAUACAUCACGCAGUUGAAGGCUCAGAUUAACAGCCUGGAGGCAGAAGUGGAAGAACAGCGCAAGCAGAAGCAGAAGGCUCUGGUAGACAAUGAGCAGCUCCGGGAUGAGCUGGAAAGGUUGCAGAAGGCCAAACUUGAGGGAGACAAGAGCCGAGGGCUCUUUUUGGAAGCAGAAAAGAAGGCCAGUGCUACCGAAAUCCGCUACAUAAAGCUGAAAGAGAAGCACAAUGAGUUGAUCAACACACAUGCAGAACUUCUGAGAAAGAAUGCAGAUACUGCUAAGCAGCUGACAGUAACCCAGCAGAGCCAAGAGCAAGUUGCCAGAGUCAAGGAGCAGCUGGCUUUCCAGAUGGAGCAAGUGAAGCGCGAGUCAGAAAUGAAGUUAGAAGAUCAGACAUUGCAGAUGGAACAGGUGAAAAGAGAACUUGAAUCCAAGAAGGAGGAAUUGGGCCAGCUUCAGCAGUCACUGAACCGUUCUAAGCAGGUUGGCUGCGACCUCAACAGCCAGCUGGAAGCCCUCCAAACUGAGAAAGACACAUUGAGAAAAUUGGUCAGUGAAAAGGAAUGUGAGCUCAUCUCCACGAAGGGCCUGAUCCAAGAGAAGGAACUGCUGUUGAGCCAGGAAGCAGAGAAGAGAGUAAAAGAAGUCCAGGAGCUGCAGGGGAAACUCUUGGAAAAGAAAAACCAGGAGCAGAAUCUGCAGCAGAAGCUCCUGGACGACCAGUUCAGCAUCUUGCAGGGGACUGUGAAGGAGGCUGAGACCAUCAUUCAGGACGCUGUUGCCAAGUUGGACGAUCCCUUGCACAUCCGAUGUACCAGCUCACCAGACUACCUCAUCAGUCGGGCACAGGCGGCUCUGGAAUCGAUAAAUGCCUUGGAGAGGGGACAUGGGCAGUACCUGACCAACAUGGCAGAUGCCACUGCGUUGGUUGGUGCUCUCGCCCAGUUUGCCCACCUGACUGCGGACACUAUUGUGAAUGGCAGUGCAACUUCCCACCUUGCACCCACAGACCAUGCUGACAAAUUAACUGAAACUUGCAGGGAUUGUGGGCAGCAGAGUCUGGACUAUCUGAACAAGCUUAAAGACAAACAGUCUCUCCAGAAAGCAGAUCCAGGGGACGUGAGGAGGAUGCUACAGAGUCUUCUUCAACUGGGACAGGAAUUAAGGCCCAAAAGUUUAGAUAUCCGGCAGGAAGAACUGGGUGACAUGGUUGACAAAGAGAUGGCCUCUACUUCAGCUGCCAUUGAAGAUGCAGUCAGGAGGAUAGAGGAAAUGAUGAAUCAGGCCAGAAUAGAGAGCUCUGGAGUUAAACUGGAAGUAAAUGAAAGGAUCUUGAAUUCUUGCACAGACCUGAUGAAGGCUAUCAGACUUCUUGUGAUGACAUCUACAAAUCUGCAGAAGGAGAUUGUGGAAAGUGGAAGGGGAGCAGCAACACCACAGGAAUUCUAUGCUAAGAACUCCCGAUGGACUGAGGGACUCAUCUCGGCUUCUAAGGCGGUUGGAUGGGGAGCCACUCAGCUUGUAGAGUCUGCUGACAAAGUGGUCCUACACACAGGAAAAUACGAGGAGCUGAUUGUCUGUUCGCAUGAAAUUGCAGCCAGCACAGCUCAGCUGGUAGCUGCCUCCAAGGUGAAGGCAGAGAAGCACAGCAGAAAUUUGGGCAAGCUGCAAGAAUGCUCUCGCACCGUUAAUGAGAUGGCCGCCAAUGUAGUGGCUUCGACAAAGUCGGGACAGGAACAAGUUGAAGACAAAGACACUAUGGAUUUCUCGGGGAUGUCCUUGAUCAAGCUCAAGAAGGAAGAAAUGGAGACGCAGGUGAAGGUGCUGGAGUUGGAAAAGACCCUGGAGAAUGAGCGGCAUCGUCUUGGCGAAUUGAGGAGGCAGCAUUACGCUUUGGCUGGCAUUUAUGAUGAGAAUGCUGAUGGAGGAAAACCAACCGCCGCCCGCAAACCAAGCACAAAGAAACCGCCGGUGGCUCAGAAGCCAGUCCAUGCACUCAAGCCAGACCAUGAGUUGGUGCAGGAGGACGGUGUUUACCAGGCCCAUGUUGUCAACUUCUGAAGUGUGGCUUUUCCAUGACUGACCACGGAAGAAAGGAACCAGCGGAUUCAGCUUCUGCCUGGGAGUUGAGGUUUCCUGCUCUUCUUGAGAGAUUCAGACAGUAUUGCCUGCUGUGUUUCUGCUGGUACCCUGCAACCUAAAUUUCUGGUGGAGGGCUAAGAUUUUGCAGGCGCACCUAUUUGCCUUUCGAAGGGUUGGGGGGGCAAUCCGGAAGCCUCCUGAAGAAGUAUAGACAUUCCAAUACCAUUAAAUGUCUGUGUUUUAAACAGAAACUGACCGGAGAAAUCCCCAAGUUGCCUUCUGUCUGGCAUUGCCUUUAUCCCAAAACGUUUCUCCUGCUACCUGAGUUGGAAAAACACGGCAGCUUUAAGUUUGUCACCUUUGCCUGCUCUCUAGUUUUAGAACAGAUUUGCUUUCGUAAAGCAAGGAUAGGCAGCCAGUUACCUCUGGGAAGACCGAAAAAAAUCCUAAGGCGAAAGAAAUGGAUUUGAGGAACAAACUGUAUCUUGCUGACAUCCGUUAUUUAUAAGCAAUAGGAAUCUUCUGAGGUUGUGUCUUUUGUUUUGUUUCUCUGAAGGGGAAGUCAAUUUGGUGCAUCUGUUACUGUACUAGGGAGAUUUUUAAAGAAAUGUGAAAUUUGUUUUUAAAGUAGGCUGUUCAGAUUUCUCUUUGUAAUAUGUGUGGUGUAGGCUGGGUAAGGUACUCUCCCCGGGAUGAUAACUCUCAAAAUGUUUAGACUGUCAAUCAUAUGUAUUAAAAAAAAGGAACAGGGUUCAUACAUAGGAUAAAAUAAAAUGCUACAAUGUUUUUUAAGAGCCUUUAAAUCUUAUUUUAGGAGUAAAAUACAAAGAGCAGCUGCGUGGCUCAUGUCAGGUUUAACGCUGAGGGAGCUGAAGCACCAUAUAUUUAAUUUUGGGGAGUGAAGAGUUUGUAACUUAUUAGUGUAGAGACAAUUGAUUUAUUGGGACCAUGGUAAGCUAACACUCAUGUAAAUCCCAUUGACUCAGUGGGUCUGCUCUAGCUGGGAAGUAGCAAUUGGAUCUAGGCCACGGAUGAGAACAUCUUACGAACCAAACCAUUACAUUUUAAGAAAACAAUUUAGCUUAUUAAAGUUAGUUACCUGAAA